GUAUUUGCCACGUUGCUGUGGCGACUUCAACCCAACGCCUCUCACACGCCGGGAGGAUGUAGUUUCCGUUCCUCUACACUCGGUGGUGGACGGCGCGCAACUUCUGACUGCUUGUCUUAACACACACUCACUCACACCUGUGUGUCAGGGUUGGUCCCUAAGGUGGAGCCGUCCAAGCAGAGACUCACCCCGCGGCUGUAAAAUGUUAACCGACGUUAUCUUGGAGGAAGAUUUUGACAAGAAUGGAGAGGCGUGGUACGACCCUCAGGAUCUCGAACACGAUCUCCACUUGGCAGCGGAGCUUGGGAAAACCCUCCUGGACAGGAACCGUGAGCUGGAGCAGGCCCUGCAGCAGAUGUACUCCACCAACCAGGAGCAGCUGCAGGAGAUAGAGCACCUGAACAAGCAGGUGGACCUGCUGCGUCAGAUGAAUGACCAGCAUGCCAAAGUCUAUGAGCAGCUCGACGAGGCCGCUCGGGAUCUGGAGCAAGGCAACGUGAGACUAGUGCAGGACAGCCGCCUGGCCCAGCAGAAGAUCCACAGUCUAACAGAGACCAUUGAAGGGCUUCAGACCUACAUGGAGGACCUGCAGACCCAGGUGGUGGAGCUAAAGACUGCCCAGGCAGAGCGAAACAAACGAGAGCUGGCGGAGCAACGACGCAGCCUGGGAGCACAGAGUGUGUCCUGCCUCAAAGAGCUGUACGACUUGCACCAUGACAGGCAUCCAGUCCACAGCGGUCCACGCGUGGAGGCACUCUGGUCCCUGCAGGGCUCUUUCUAUGACAGGGACAAACGGCAAGACCCGGAGGAGGAGAACGCGGCCCUCCAGCGCUCCGUCCAGACCCUCCAGAGCCAGAUAGCUGUGGAGCGGGGCCGCCGCGAGGCCGCAGAGCUGGAGAGAGACUCGACAUCGAGGGAGAACGACGGCCUGGAGCAGCGGCUGGUGUCGCUGGCCGGCUGCAGCGCUCGGAGGAAGGAGCUGGAGGCCGAAGUGGAGCAGCUGCGGCUUCUGUGGCGCGCCGAGUGUGCAAAGAGCAUCAGAAGACCAGAGCGGCUGCUGCCUGACGAAGUAUUCUUUGCUUCAGACGACAGACCGUCGCAGGACGAGUUUGAGAAGGAAGAAAAGGAGGAGGAGCCGAGGCAAUUCGUCCUGCAGAGGUGUAACAGUGACAGCGUUUUAAAAGGGGCGAGCGCAGACGAGAUUCGCCGUGGUCACGAGCGGCUGUGUGUACGGCGAGCAGAGGCGGUGAAACAGCGGGGCAUUUCUCUGCUGAACGAGGUGGACGCACAGUACAGCGCACUGCAGGUGAAGUACGAUGAGCUGCUGCGGCGGUGCCAGCAGACGGACGGGCCGAGCCAUAGAGCCACGCUGGCGUCCAACAGCCCCUCGGCGAGCGGCCGCACCCGCCGGCGCCGUUCCUCUGCUGCACCCUGCGACCCGACGGCGGUCGUCGACGGCCAGCAGCCCGAGUACAAAGCUCUCUUCAAGGAGAUCUUCGACUGCAUCCAAAAGACCAGGGACGACCUCGGCGACAACGGAAGCCCAGUCGAGGACAGCGGCUCUGCCUGACGGUUGCAUUAUUCGUAAUCCAAGGACUUGCACUAGAUUAUUUGUCAACGAUUUUUGAUGAAGGGGAAACGGGGCGGUUUGCUUUGCUAUAAGAAAAUAUCCAGAGGGUGCCGAUGCAAAACUUUUGACAAUUUGUAAUCCACUUACCUCCUGUCACUUUGAUAUGUGUUUGCUUCUGUUAGUCAGCACUGAUCUUUUUUCCUUCCGUCCUUAUCAAAAAAAUGAACUGUUACAAAAUGUGUUACGAUUGCAGUGAUUUCAAGUCAUAUAACAUAAGGUUUAUUUAAAAAUUUGCAAAAGAUAAUUACAAAAUAAAGAUUGACUUGGGAGCUAUUCAUAGGAAGAAUAAGAUAUACAAUCAGAUCCUAAGCAAAUACAAAGUACAGUAUUCUGUGUUCAUGUAACGUUAAUCCUGUGGCUCUUAGGAAAGAAAUGUACAUGUAGUGCAUUGUUUGUGUUUUGAUGUAAGAUGAAGAUAUGUAUGACAUAAUCAGGAAUGUUUUAAUAGGAUGAAAAACUGUAAUAACUAAAGACUCAGGAUUUUAUGAUCUUUAGCUUAGAGGUUAAUGUGAGUUGGUUUUAUAAAUCGCCAGAAAAGUAUUACAUUUUCUCACAUUUCAUUUAGCUGAUGCUAAGUCCAAGUGGACACUGGAAUACCGCACUUUUUUUAUCAAAUUUUACCUUUUUAUUUAUUUAUUGUAAAGAAGUUAAGAGAAUAUUACAUUAUAUUUAUUUUCUUUAUUGUUACAUCAGCAGAACGGCUGAGAAAGUAACACUACACUGGGCUGCAUGUUGUGUUGAUGUAAAUAUUCUGUCUGGCGCAAAAACAAUACAGAGGUAGAAUACUAAUCUGUAUGUAUAUUAACAAUUUCCUGAUGAAAUCACUUUGCUCUCACCUUCCAUGUAAUGUUCAUGUGAAGGAAAGUGAUUAAUUGACAGUGCUGAUGUGUGAAAAUACAGUUAAAUAUAGUAUGGCAUUAAACAAAUCACUGUUUUGUAUCUGUGAAACUUUUCA